AUGGGAGGGAUUUCUGAGAUACAAGAGACAUACCAACACUUGAAACAGAGCCACCAACCUCGACCGAGCGGUCGUUCUCAGCCCAGCCAUGACUCUCCGGCGAGCCAUCGUUCGCCCUUGAGCGGCGAUUACCAGCCCAGACGCCGCCAGCAGCUGUUCACGACGCUGCCAACGGACGCACAGAUGCUUCCGGGACCGCCUCUACGUCCCGGAAUGUCCCUACCACCCGGUAUGCCACCAUUUGGCGGGAUGCCUUUACCUGGUGGGAUGCCUCUACAACCCGGAAUGCCCCCUCCUCCGGAAACGUCUGUGCAGCCCGGAACGCCUGUGCCACCCGGAAUGCCUCUGCCUCCCAGCAUGCCUCUGCCACCGGCAAUGCCUAAGGAGAUUGAUAACAUGUCUCUCAAUGGCCGUGGAAAGAGGCCCCUGCUUGACAACGCCUCUGGCUUGGGGAUCGCACUUUACCAUUGGGCUCAGUAG